CUGGGACGCCUGUGAUGCCAAAGUGGUGAGCCCAGAGAAGGGGAACCUGUGGGAUUGCCAGGAGCUCCAGCAGCCCAGAGAGGGGGAACACCAAUACAAACCUGACCUGCAGCAACGCAGACAGGGGGGCCUCCAGGAGCCCAAAGUGGAGAUACCAGAGAGGGGAAAUCCAGGGUUGGGUGGUUUUGCUGAAUCUUGGACAUUUGUGUAUUUUGGGGGACUGAAUCUCGGUAUUUUGGGGGUUUACAUGGGCACCAGAUUCCCAGUGACUUCUAGAGUGUGGUGGUGCAGGUGCCCAACACUGGAACUGUAAUACCUCAGGGCAAAGGUGACCAGGGUCAGAGAGAGACACCCCUCUGAGGACAAUGCUCUCACCAUAAGCAUUUGCAGGCUCAUGUGAAUGCAGCAGGCUUCACUGGUAUCAUCCAGUUCAGCUGCCCUUUUUUCCUUAUAUGUACUCCCCCUAGAAUGUUCUCCUCUCUCUUGUCCCCCAUUGGUCCCGGUUUACUGCAAUGCUCUGCCCCUGUUACCUCAUUGGUUCCCCAGUUGGCUGCCCCUCCUCUGUGCCACCUGUGCUCAGUUCCCAUUGGCCCUUGGCCCUCAGACCCGCCCCUUUCCCCCCUUAUCAAACCCUGUGUCCUCAGCCCCAUUUUGUCUCUGUGCCUGGACCCUCUACAUUGCAAUAAACUGCAUUUGGAGCUGUCUCUGGCGUUGUCCAUCAGCAGGUUAAGCAAGCGUGCUCUGGGCUCUGGGAGUGCAGGUUGCUCACAGGGGCUCGUUGUGGAUGUGCUGUGACACUAGAGAUUGACUUGGGCAGGAGGAACCCCCUAAUCCAAUGUACUCAUAUGCUAUAUUUUUCCCCAAACCAGGAUUUCUCAUUCCCAAGCCUUGGCUGGAUGGAGGAGGAGUCUGUGAGGAAGAGGAAGAUGGCCCGGGACACGCAGGCAGACAAGGAGCUGAGGAUGGAGACCAGGGAGGACAAAUCCCCACAACAGAAACUCAAGGAAGAGGCAGAUUUGAGCGGCUGCACAGGGCAGAAAUCCAAGGCGGAGGAAAAGUCCCAGAGAUCCCACAGGAGGAGGGGCACCAAACCCAGCCCAGGUUGCUCUGAGGUGAAAGGCCGCACCCUGUGCCAGGAAGGUGGACAGAGCUUCAGCCAGAGCGUGGAGCUGGUGGCCCAUGAGCAGCCUCAUGAUGGAGAGAAGCCCUACAAGUGCUUGGAGUGUGGGAAGAGCUUCAGGCAGAGCAGCACCCUGAUCCAGCACCAGAUGAUCCACACCGGGGAAUGGGCCUACGAGUGUGGGGAGUGUGGGAAGGGCUUCAGGUGCAGCUCAGAACUCGUCACCCACCAACGCAUCCACACUGGGGAGAAGCCCUACGAGUGUCCCCAGUGUGGGAAGAGGUUUCACACCAGCUCCAGUCUCCUCAUACAUGAGCGGAUUCACACGGAUGAGAGGCCCUUCCGCUGCCCUGACUGCAGGAAGGGCUUCAAGUACAUCUCUUAUCUCGUCAGGCACCAGUGCAUCCACACUGGGGAGAGGCCCUACGAGUGUCCCCAGUGUGGGAAGAGCUUCACCCAGAGCUCUGUCUUGAACAGACACCUACGGAAGCACCGGUAAGGGAAGCCCUGCAAAUGUCCCUGCAGGGAAAGCUUCGUGCCUGGCUCCAGCUUCAUACCCAAUUGUAGGACCCAUGUUGGGAAGAGACCUGUGAUCCAUGUUCCUUGUAAUCCAUGCAGGAAAGACACCUGUCCCUUUUCCUGCCCCUGCCAAUGACAUGAUGUGGGAUUGAAAAACAUGAGGAUCUGGCUAGGGCCAUGUCAUUAUAUUCACUCUCUCCUCAGGUCAUUGCCAGGGGCAGGAAAGGGACUCUCUCCCUGAGGAGAAAGGUGUCCUUUCCAGGCAGGAGGAAAUACCUGGCCAGGAAGAGCCAGUGAGUUGUGUUUUGGUUUUCCCUGUAAAUAGUUUUUCUUUUCCCUUCUGCUACAGUAUUGUUUCUGUUCCUGUUUGUUCUUUAUCUCGUUGCUGUCCCCAGUAAAUU